AUGAAACCUUCCACCUCCGCCGUGCUGGCCACCCUCUUUGGGUUGAGCGCUGCUCAAUGUAACAGGGACAACUGCCUGAGAGCCAUCGCGGCCAGUGCCUUCACCACCCGAAGCGGUACAGCCGACUGCUCUCGGUUCCUGCAGGUGACCGUCUACCCCGGUGCCACGACGACCACCGAGACAGUAACCAUCCCGACCAGUGGAGUCUUCACCUCCACGGUGACCCUCACCUCUGGCGGCGGUGCCGGUCCCAUCGAGACCAGCCUCAUCGUCGAGACCGAGUUGGCCUCGUCCACCGCCACUUCCCUCGUCGGAAUCACGCAGACCACAACCGUCGCGACCGAGGUCGUCGUCGUCCCCACCACCGUAGUCGUCUCCUCCACCCGGACCUUCACCUUUGGCACCACCGAGAUCACCACCGUCGCCACCGAGACCCAGACCAUCUUCGAGACCCUCGCUCUCAAGAAACGCCAGGCCGCUACGACCGCAAUCUCCGGAAGCACCUUCCCGGCCUAUGCUUCGGCCUGCAGCUCCGUCGCCCGCUACGCCUCGGCCUGCUCGUGCCUCGGCGUCACGCCAAACACGGUGACCUCCGCCGUGGCCACUGCCACAACAACCGUCUCGGUCCCGGCCACGAUCCUGUCCACCUCCAUCGUGACCAUCACCGUCUCCGGCAGUGGCACCCCGGGAUCCACUGCGCUGUCCACGACCACGACGACCUCCACCGCCGUCGAGACCGUCGUUGCCACGUCCACGGCCCUCGCAUCGGUGACCGCCACGACCUCCGUCGGCAGCACCUCCACGGAAGUGAUCGAGGAGACCACCUCUGUGACUGGUACUUUCUUUAACAACGCUACCUUCACCACCUUCGUUACCCGCACCACCUCGCUGCCCCCUAUUUUCAACACUACUAUUACCAUUGGACCCUCGUCCACCACAUCCGAAGCCGAGUCCUCCUCUACCGGCUCUACCAUCUUUGACAGCACCAGCACCGAGGCCAGCUCGUCCGCUCCCUCUUCGACUUUCUUCCCCAACUCUACCAUAAUCUCUACUAUUUCGGAAACCUCUUCCACCUUCACUUCUACUAUUUUUCCCAACACCACUUCCUCCGGAUCCACCUCGAUCCCUAGUGAGUCCUCCAUCACGUCGACCUUCUUCCCCAACACCACAAUCACCUCCGAGUCGACCACCAUCACGUCGAGCUUCGCCUCCACCACCGUCUUCCCCAACACGACCACCUCGUCCGUGGAGAGCGAGUCGAGCAGCGUCUUCCCGACCAGCAGCGGCUUCCCCAACGUCACCAUCACGUCCAGCAGCGAGACCUCGACCGUCUUCCCCUCGACCACCCUCUUCCCGAACUCCACCUCCGAGACCGCCUCCGUCUCGCCUACUUUCUUCCCCAACAGCACGACCAUCGCCUCCAGCAGCGGGUCCUCUGCGUUCCCUUCGUCCACUCUCUUCCCCAACGUGACGUCGACCGAGUCCUCUGCGUUCCCGUCUUCGACUCUGUUCCCCAACACCACCUCGGCGACCAUCCCCGAGUCUUCUUCCUCUUCCACCUUUAUCUCUAGCUUCUUCCCUAAUGUGACUUCUACCGAGUCGUCUUCCGCCUUCCCUUCGUCUACUCCCUUCCCCAACGUUACCUCCACCGAGUCGUCUGCCUUCCCGUCCUCGACUCUCUUCCCCAACUCCACGACGUUGACCAUCUUGGAACCCUCCACGACUCUCACGUCCAUCUCGACUUUCUUCCCUAAUACCACAUCCACCGAGUCGUCAGCCGUUUCGUCCUCGACUCUCUUCCCCAACACCACGACGUUGACCAUCUCGGAACCCUCUACGACUCUCACAUCCACUUCGACUUUCUUCCCCAACGUCACCUCUACUGAGUCUUCAGCCGUCUCCUCCUCGACCCUCUUCCCUAAUACCACAUCCACCGAGUCGUCAGCCGUUUCUUCCUCGACGCUCUUCCCCAACACCACGACGCUGACCAUCUCGGAACCUUCCACGACACUUACAUCCACAUCCUCCUUCUUCCCGAACAUCUCCUCCACCGAGACGUCGGCCGUCUCCACCUCCACCUUGGCCCCCAACGCCACCCUGACCGUCAUCACCUCGGGCACCGAGACCUCGACCCUGUUCCCCACGUCGAGCCUCUUCCCGAAUUCGACCGCCGUCGAGUCCUCGACCCUCACCUCCAUCACCUCCUCCGUCGGCCCUACCUUCUUCCCCAACAGCACCACCCUCACCGACAACCCGACCAUCACCAUUAGCAUCAUCAGCUCCACCUCUACCCUCGUCUCAACCACCACCGCCGACGUGAGCUCCUCCUCAACCUCCGCCUCCGAGACAUCCUCGUCGGGCACCUCCACAUCGGACAUCUCCAGCACUGCCUCUUCCUCCUCGUCCUCCUCCGCCGCCGCCAGCAGCAGCAGCACCUUCGUCACAAGCACCCUCACAACAACAACCUCCUCCUCAACCUCCUCCUCAGCAACACCCACCUCAACAGACGUCAUCGUCCGCAACCUCUGCCUCAAGGUCGCCACCGGCCCCGUCCCCGGCUCCGUCGUCACCCUCGGCUCCAACCGCUUCACCAUCAAGCCAGCCGGCACCCAAGCGACCCUCUUUGACCUCAACCUCUCCACCGGCCAACUCUUCCAGACGAACGGCGAGCUCGUCGCCGUCCCCGCCCCCUACGCAGACGACAACCGUCCCGUCAACGGCUUCACCUACCGCCAGACCCUCGUCCGCAAGCUCGCGCCCCUCGUCUGCGCCACAAACGGCCAGUCCCUCCUCGUCGGCGUGCCCCUCAACUGCACCGCCUCCGGCGACGACGGCGUCAACCAGAACUCGUACUCGCGCUUCUUUUACAACCGCAACUCGGCCGACUCGGUCCUCCGCAUCGCGACCGAGGGCCGCCAGUUUACCAACAACAACCAGGCCAUUACGCUGGCUCCCUAUGACAGCGCCGACUGCUAA